AUGCGGCAAGUGGCAGUCGCGAUAGACAGGUACAUCUCUUCCAGUGUUAUAGUCUUGGGUAACAGAGGUAUCCAUCUAUGUCGCAUACUUCGUUCCAAUAGUGCCUUUUACGUGCUCUUCGACCUUCAGGCUUCUCCCGCGUCAGGGUCACGCCGUCACGCUUCGCUUUCCGAACCCGCAGUUCCACCCCUCCCUCCAAUCUUACCCAAUGAGCAGGAGGACCCCCAAAGUUUGAGACACGCUGCUGGAGACUCGAGUGGUGAGGUACCUACUGCUCCAAUUUGCGCGCGCAAAAGUAGCCCAGCUUCAGGCUCUUCCCGUCCCGGGGCCGCCUCUCUUCCUUCCAUUUCCUCCCCCGUCCUCUCCUCCUCACAAGUCACCACCACCACCUCUCUCUCUCUCUCUUAUCCCGCGACUCGUCCCUCCCUCUUUCCUUCACACCACCACUACCACACCUCACUCUCUCACACACAUUCCCUCCACAUCUUCUUUCUUCCCCUCGAUCCAUCCUUUGAGACAGCUUUGCCCUUUGUGCCUACCCGUCACGUCACGUUGGCGCUCCGAGGAUCCAACUCCAUCGCCAGCUCCCGUCAGCCCCAACGAGUCUUCGGUAAGCGACACCUACCACAGACCUCACCAUCAUUCUCUUCUUUGCGCGCCAUCUAUGCGCUCCUACCUGCCCUCAAGCUGACGCGACGAUUUAGUCCCUUCCUCCGAUCGAGCCCAUCGUCGACGCGACCUGGAAGACACCACUCCUCGAUUGCCGCCAGCGCGCAUCGCAAACUUCCUUUGAACCGGCACCUGCCCGCAAAGCGCAACACCCUCAUGACUGAGGAUGUGCCCCGUUACGAUGACCUCGUAGCCCGUCGUCGACUCGGUCAGACUCAGCUGACGGCCAAGAUGGUCAACCUGGCCGAAGGGGAAGGCGCUGCUCUCGGUGUAUUCGACUAUGCCCACCUCCGCGCUCCCUUGCCCAAGGGUAUCGUCUCUGGCAUCUUCAAGUCCAGCCCUAACAGCUACUUCUUGAUGCGACGCAGCCACGACGGCUUUGUUUCUGCGACAGGAAUGUUCAAGGCCACUUUCCCUUACGCCGAGGCCGCCGAAGAAGAGGCCGAACGCAAGUACAUUAAGUCACUCGCUUCUACCAGCCCCGAGGAGACUGCCGGCAACGUCUGGAUUCCUCCAGACCAUGCAUUGGCGCUGGCUGAGGAGUACGGCGUUGGGCCUUGGAUCCGCGCCCUACUGGAUCCCGCGACUAUUGCCGUUUCCAACACCCCUGAUAGCCCUCCUAAGAAGAUCACGGCGCCCCCCAAGUACGAGCUUCUCAAGGCUCACCCUCAGCUUGCUCCUCCUACCCCGACUUCACUCCCUCGUAGCACUCGAUCUCGCCGCUCAGCAAGCCCUACCAAGGCCGCCGCUGUCACGACACUCCCUAGACCUGUCCGAUCGCCCAGAAAGCGCCGGGCCAAGGCCGACUCUGUUGAGCCUAGAGAAUCUACGCCCACAAUUGCCACUAAGCUGGAAGUCAACGGCGUUAUUGAAGAGGACAAGGACGCCGAAGCGGAGAUCAAGACCAUUGUCAAGACUGUCGAGACGGAACCAGUGCUUGUAUUCGAGGCUAGGGAAGAAGAGCCCAAGGCCAAGGUCAUAGUUGACCAAGCUAUCAAGACGGAUGAGGACGGCAACGAGACUAAGCACACUGCCGUGUCACUAGAGCUUCCUCUGUUGAGCGCAGAGCCACCAUCUGCCGAGGAGACUGCGCGUAUGAUUGCGGAGGCGAAGCAAAUGGUCGAGGCGGCCGCCAUCAAGUCAGAAGGCGUUGACAGUCCCAAGGCCAAGAGCAAGCGUGGAGCCGAAGAGAUUUCAAAAGGAGACGAUGAGGAUGAGGAGAAGGAGGUCGUCGAGGAGCCGCGGUCGAAGAAGGCCAAGACCACCGAGGUGCAGGUCAAGAAGCUCCGCGUACGGAACCGGGCUUUGUUUGGUCUGAGUGCCGUGUCACUGGCCGUCGGCGCAUUCUCGUACUUUUCGUGGAAUAUCAGAUAUUCUGACUGCCUCAAGCCCAUAGAGCCCGAGGGCACUCGGGCCAGCUUUCUUUUCACUCGUUGCUUGUGGAAUAUUGGGUGGGAUCAAAUAAGUUUGAUGUAUUGUUUAGGUAUUUCUCUGCUUUUUGGCGUCGAAUGGGAUACGGUGCAUGCGUUGCAAGAGAUGCUUCUUCGAGGCGCUAUCGUCUUGACAAUUAUGUCGCUCCUACCCGGAUGCUCCAUUUCGCUCAAGCAGAGCCUCAUCCGGUUUUUGCUUGGGUUGUUGACUGGCUUGUAUGUUACAAGUUGGCCGUACGAGGCCCUUGUCCCUAAGCUAUCCCAGCCGCUGCUGGUAGAAAACAAUGGCCCAACCGUCUAUUACUCAGUCAGACGUCCCAUUAUUUCAUGGAAGGCCCUUGGCGAAGAGUCAGUUCCUCGCCGAAAUCUCCACCACUUAUCCCUUCAGUCUCCAUCGUCGUCUCAACUGUCUCCAUCGGCAAUGGAGAUGAUGUUUGUCAAACUGAUGUCAUUCGGUCCACAUGCCACGGCAUAUAAGAAAUCAGAAAUUUCUCACGAUGGCCGCUCCCGCAGACGCACCAAUGCAUGGGUUGGGAGACAAAGGUCUCGGAUGACGGGGGGAGGGGCCAAGGGCCAAGGUCCAAGGUCGCCCGCGUGCAUCAUUCGGGGUAGACACGAGCGGGCAUGGCUAACACCGGCAAUGGCCGGCUCCCCGGAUAACCGUUGGCUUGCUCCCCCGCAGCGCGCAAGCGGAGCAUUGUACACUUACAUCUUUCCGGUUUUGAUUUCCACAUUGCGAGCUCUGCCGAGACUCGUUCAACAACAGCGCGGCUUUGCGACGACGCACCGGCGGUUGGAGAGUUAUGGCUUCAUCGGCUUAGGACAAAUGGGUUACCAAAUGGCCAAGAACCUUCAGUCCAAGUUGAGUCCCAAAGAUGAGAUUCGCAUCUUUGACAUCAAUAAAGACGCCGUCUCCAACCUGGCAAAGGAGAUGGACCAGUCUCAGGCCGGCGGCGCAAAGGUUGCUGUUGUUGACACUGCACGAGAUGCCAACUUCCUAAGUCUUCUGAUCUCGAGAGCCUCAUGCCGUAUUUCUUCAAGCUCCAAUUUCUGUACCAAGGGCAUGAAUACUCAUACGACUCACCAGGACACCAUCAUCACCGUUCUCCCCGAACCAUCCCACGUCAAAGCAGUCUACGCCUCCAUCCUCAAAGACCUGCCCUCCCGCAAACGCACCUUUAUAGACUGCUCCACCAUCGACCCCUCCUCGUCCCGCGAGGUCGCCGCCUCGGUCUCGGCCUCAACCAGCAACCGGGGCACUUUCGUCGACGCCCCAAUGUCCGGCGGCGUCGUCGGUGCCACGGCCGGCACGCUCACCUUCAUGCUCGGCUGCGACGCAACGCAUCUUCCCACCGUGGAGCCGACGCUCCUGCGUAUGGGCAGGCGCGUGUUGCACUGCGGACCGCAGGGGACGGGGCUCUCGGCGAAACUGGCGAAUAAUUACCUACUGGCCAUUAACAACAUCGCCACGGCUGAGGCGAUGAACCUGGGCAUGAAGUGGGGGUUGGAUCCCAAGGUUCUCGCGGGCGUGAUCAACGUUAGUACGGGCAAGUGCUGGCCUAGCGAGGUGAAUAACCCCGUCAAGGGCGUCGUCGAGGGGAGUCCCGCGGGACGGGAUUAUAAGGGCGGGUUCGGGAUCGGGCUGAUGCGCAAAGAUCUUGGGUUGGCCGUCGUUGCUGCGCGGGAGGCUGGUGCCAAGUUGGAGUUGGCGGGCAAGGCAACCGAGGUGUAUGCUUCUGCUGAGACCGAGGAAGGGUGCAAAGGGCGGGACUUUUCCGUCGUUUAUCGGUACUUGGGAGGCAAGGAGUGA